UCCCUGAUCGAGCGUCUGCCGCCAGAUGUCCAAAAGACUGUCUUCUCGUACCUUGACUACGAAGCCCUCAUCCAUCUAUCCACCAUGAAUCGAUACUUUCAUCGGGUUCUAGAUCCUCAGAGGAUGGCCGACCCGGCAGACAAAGCACAGUUCAUCAUGAGGGCGGCGAAAGACUUCCCCCAGCAUCGCCCUAGCGAGAAGGGACAUGACUACAAGCCUGGGAACUUUGAGUGCUACGUUUGCUUCCGUGUGCGAUCGCCAGAGCAUUUUGACAUGCUGCAGCCCCAGUCCGUCUAUGUCGAUAUCCACGGCCAAAUCGUCCGUGACCGAGAGCCUGACACGCGGUCGGAUAGGCUCAUCAUGCUUCGACGAUUCUGCAUCUCGUGCGGCGUGGACACGGGCAUCCAUGCUCCGUUCGACUGUCUCACUACACGGACGGGGCGCGAUCUUUGGGUCUGCAGAUGUAGGAAAGUGUGGUCCAAGCCGCUCUGUCUUCGGUGCCCUGACUGCCAGGGAGACUGUCCUCUCCGGCCAAGAAGG